CCCCUGCCUGGCGCCGGAGGGAGGCUGUUUUUCCACUCUCCGCUGCACGAGUUCCAUCCUGCUUGUUUUCUCCUCUUCUCUGGAGUUUAAAACUUUGAAAACACCACCGACCCCAGGCUCUGCUGGUCUAAGGCUCCCUGCUCCAGUGCAGAAGAAAAGCACAGGGGUUGAAAACAUCACCAGCCCCAGGCCCCACUGGUCUCAGGCUCCCUGCUCCGGUGCAGAAGAAAGCACAAGGGAGCCCGCGGAGUAAACCACCACCGGCAGCACUUGGGGGGGCCCGCCCUGCAGGCCCACGCCCCGCGGAGGCUGGAGUCGCUGGUUGGCGCCGCAGCUGGCCCCAGGAAGCACCAUAAAAUGGCAAGACCCUGCCCUGCCUUCGGAUGCCCACCAGCCUGCACUCCCUCCUAGUCCCGUCAGGAACUGCUGACCCCCGUCUCCCCUGCCCCCACCCUUGCCGUGGGUCCCCUCCUCUCUGACCUGUCACCAUGGCAGCCCUGAUUGCGGAGAACUUCCGCUUCCUAUCGCUCUUCUUCAAGAGCAAGGACGUGAUGAUUUUUAACGGGCUGGUGGCCCUGGGCACAGUGGGCAGUCAGGAGCUGUUCUCCGUGGUGGCUUUCCACUGCCCUUGCUCGCCCGCCCGGAACUACCUGUACGGGCUGACAGCCAUCGGUGUGCCUGCCCUGGCACUCUUCCUCAUCGGGGUCAUCCUCAACAACCAUACCUGGAACCUAGUGGCCGAGUGCCAGUACCGGAGGACCAAGAACUGCUCAGCUGCCCCCAACUUCCUCCUCCUCAGCUCCAUCCUGGGCCGUGCGGCAGUGGCCCCCGUCACCUGGUCUGUCAUCUCCCUGCUGCGCGGCGAGGCCUAUGUCUGCGCCCUCAGCGAGUUCGUGGACCCCUCCUCCCUCACAGCUGGGGAGAAGGGCUUCCCACCAGCCCAUGCGGCAGAAAUCUUGGCCAGGUUCCCCUGCGGGGAGGGCCCUGCCGACCUGUCAGGCUUCCGGGAGGAGGUCACCCGCAGGCUCAAGUAUGAGUCCCAGCUCUUCGGGUGGCUGCUCAUCGGCGUGGUGGCCAUCCUGGUGUUCCUGACCAAGUGCCUCAAGCACUACUGCUCGCCCCUCGGCUACCGCCAGGAGGCCUACUGGGCGCAGUACCGCACCAACGAGGAGCAGCUGUUCCGGCGCACGGCGGAGGUGCACUCGCGCGUGCUGGCCGCCAGCAACGUGCGCCGCUUCUUCGGCUUCGUGGCGCUCAACAAGGACGACGAGGAGCUGGUCGCCAGGUUCCCGGUCGAAGGCACACAGCCUCGGCCGCAGUGGAACGCCAUCACCGGCGUCUAUUUGUACCGCGAGAACCAGGGCCUCCCGCUCUACAGCCGCCUGCACAAGUGGGCCCAGGGUCUGGCGGGCAAUGGGACGGUGCCAGAAACCAUGGAGAUGGCCCCGCUCGCCUCCUAGGGCUCCUGCUCCCACACUCUCCGCAAGAGGCGGUACCUGGUCUCAAACAACUCCACUGCCGGCUCACAGCAGCUUCAGGAGGGGAUGAUUUUUUUCACUUUUUGGGGAACGGGCCAGGAGCCAGGAGCACAAAGUAGCCUGGGGUGUGGAGAGAGCUAGCAGACAAUGGGGUCCACUCCGACGGGAAGGCUCUCAGACCUGAAGAAAUGCCCUCUCCCGCUGCCACCCACCACUCUAUCAACAGCUUUGGAGAAAAGACCCUUUCACAGAACCGGUCCCUCAUUACCUAUGAUGUGGACGACCUUUUACUGGUGGGACUCCAAGGCUGGGAAGCCCUGGCCAGCAGAGCCAGGUGACAGUGAAACCCACCAGCACAUGCCUGGUACAGGAUAUCGUGCAGUUAACGUAUGUGUGAUUGCGUAUGGUACCUGGCUCAGCAGCGCUCAGCCGGGAAGAUACCUCCAACGUACGCCUCUGGCUUUAUUUUAUAUACCCAAAUUUUUGAUAAAGUUUUUCUUAGUAUAAAGGACUAGCUUGGUGUCUGCAUGAUUGGAUGGGCCAUCCAGAGUAGGCUGGUGGUCACAGAGACAGGCCCAAAUCCCAUCCCCUGAGGGAGGGAGGGGGGACAGAGAGACCCUGGGCAAGAUUAAAAUCGAUGGGAGGGAGGGCAGGAGUACAGGGAAAGCCAGGUGUUGGGAAGACCCUACGGCUGAUGAUGUCUUGACAAUUAGAUUCAGGUAUCUGAUUUGAUCUGGGGAACAGGUGAAGCCUGGCCUUUCUCAGAGGGAAGACUGGCUUAAAUUUCACGACCCCGCACUCAAUAGGGCAGACUAGCUCCUAUAACCUAGUCCUAAUGCCCCAAAACCAGGGCAGCCCCAGCUAUGCCUCUCCGCUGACCCACACGUGCCUGCCCUUGCCUGAUCACCUCUGCCACCUCUAAAACCUUUGACGCUCUCCCUGUCCCUGUCCUGCUUCCCAGCACUCCUCCCAGUCACUUCCCAUGGAAAAGCUCUCCAGCUUUCCGGCCAUUGAAAGCUCUCUGCCAAAGAAAACAUUUAAUCCCCUUAAGACCAAGCCAAACAAGAACUGGCUUCAACUAGUGGGCUCUGCACUGGUGUCCAAGAAUUCUGCAACAAACGGGACUGGGCUUAUUACUUAUCAGAGGAGGUGGAGACCAUCUUUCUGGGAUCACAGGGAGGUGUGGGUAUGGUGCACCCAUCAUGUCCCCUUCCCCUCAAGUCUCAAAGAAAACCAUCAAGCCAAUCAGUGCCCUCCACCCAGCAACCUCUCCCCAGAGGAGCUACAAGGAGAAACUGUGCAGUUCUCCCCAGCUCACACAGCACAGCAGCCCACGUCCUCCCUGAGCCUCCUAGCCACCAGGCCCUGUGGCAGCACACCAACACACACAAGUUCAUUUCAUCCACAAAACAACUGUUCAACAAACCCAUUUCACAAAUGAGACACCCAGCUUGGAGAGCUUGGAUAAUCUGGGCCUGGUAGGCCUGGGAAGAAACGCCACCAGGUGGUUUAUGCCAAUACCUGCGGCUUUCCUCUCAGAUGGCUGGGUUCCCCAACUGUCCUUUCCCCCAGACAAGGGGGUCUGCCUUUGUCCUCCUGUCCCAGCCUCACGUACUCCACAAAAGAGCACAAGUACCAGCUGAGCUCAGGUUGAGGGAAUGCCCAGAGCCCCUGAGACACAGGGGAGGAGGCCUGCUCCCUGGGCCCUGCUGACUCCCUUUGGCUGGACGAAGAGCUUGCCAGGGCCAAAGUGGGAUCCUGACCACAAGAUCAUCAGGAGUCAGCCCCUCCAUUCCUGCUCCCCAGGAAACUCCCAGAGGGAAAGAGUCUUCGCUUUUCUAGGGGCCCAAGAGCCUGCUGUCUACGGCCUGCUAUCUACAGCGGCCUCAGAAAAAGAGGAAAUGGGAACCUGGGUGGCUCAGUUAAGCGUCUGACUCUUGAUU